UUUCCGCUGUCUGACUUGUACUUUUGCAUAUAGAGCACAACUUUAUAUGUCAGAAAUAUGUUCCCUUAUAUAUGGACACUAUUCAUACUGGUUGUCUCAAAAACAGGGGAUUCUGUGACAGUUAAAGAUGAUUUUUGUGGAGGUAUAUUUGAGGAGGAAACGACAGGCAUUAUCAGGGUGCCACCACAGAGCGGGACGCUGUACGCGCCAUUCUUAAAUUGCCGCUGGGAAAUAACGGCUAGAACUUACCUUGUCACUGAAUGGGUGACUUGCAAAAUUGGUUGCACCUGGGACUACCUGGAAAUUCGUGACGGUUCUGAGAACAUUUCUGCUUCUGUUGGCAAGUUUUGUGGUUAUAAACCUUUCAGACUGAUUACUGAGUCGAAUAGGGUUUUCCUAUAUUUUGUUUCCGAUGGAUUCUUCCAGGACUGGGGAUUCCAGUUGUCUUUCAAAACUGUCCCUACAGAUAGCCCAAGCAAGUGUAAUUCUAUCAUCACACAUGAUGGAUACAUCACUUCCCCGGGAUAUCCUUCCGCGUACCCAGCCAAUCAAAUCUGUCUCUACUGGGUCAAGUUUCCAGCUGACACGAAGAUUGACAUAGAGUUGUCUUUUCUUGAUGUGACAGAUGAAACCUGUCUGUUUGACCGACUUGAUGUUUAUGAGGGAAGAACAUCACAUGAUAAAUCCAUGACAACUCUUUGUGGAAAACAGAAGAACAACACAUCCUUCUUUAGUGAGUCCAACUGGCUGCUCCUGGUCUUCACCUCAGACUACUAUCAAGAGGGGCGGGGCUUCAAGAUAUAUAUCAAGUCACGUGAUAAGAAUCUUCCCUAUCAGCCAAUUCUGAAUGACAACAGUUGCAACAGAACCAUAGAAACGGAGAUAAAUGGUACCCUGUCAAGUCCGGGCUACCCAGAGGAUUAUCCAAAUAAUGCUCACUGUGUAACAAUCAUCCGGGCACCUAUCAUUAACCACGUGAUUAGAGUAUCAGUAAAUUUUCUUGAGAUGGAAGCAUCUGAGAAUUGUUCCUUUGAUUCACUGACAAUAUAUGCGACUGAACAUGCAGAUUCGACGCAAAUUGGAAAACUGUGUGGGUUUUCUGAACAGAAACAUGCGUUUGAAUCAGCGACGGGAAGUAUUCGAAUAGAGUUUCGAUCUGACUCUAUGAUACGCUGGAGAGGAUACGAGGCGACAUUUGACCUACUUCCAAAACGAGUGUGCUACCCUCCUUGUCCUUCUGGAACCGUAUGUGUCAACAAGGCUGGAACACAAAUAUGCACAGUGGGGUUGAAAUGCUCCAUAGAUAUUUGUUACCAUGGAGACUGUGUACAAAACAACCAAGAAGCUUUCAAAUGUUUCUGUCACCAAGGUUACGAUGGACCGUUUUGUAGGACUAAAGUUGAUAUAAACAAGAAUUCUACUGGUUUGACUAUGCUGAAGUCUCCAAAAGAUCACGAAGUGUUUCGUGGCAAUCGUGAAAUCAUUGAAUGCAAAUCGAGCGAUCCCAACGCACAGUAUAUAUGGCUUUAUGAGGGUCUCCUUCUACAGUCAGAUAAUGAUCACGUCACUCUACUUCCGGGGGGAAUUCUGGACCUUCAGAACUUCAGUGAGGAGCUGGAGGGGGCAUACAAGUGUAUUGUUAACACCGCCACAGACUUUGUAGAAGUGGAAUUUCGAUUGACUCUUAAAGAAUCGUGUUAUCUUGCUGUCGAGGCAGGUCCAAUAGACACCGUUGUUGAAACCGGAAGUACGGCUCUACUUUCCUGCUUCGUUCCCGCUGCGAAGCAAAUAACCUGGAUGAAGAACAACAGACAAAUUACCGCCCCGCAUUACUCGGUGUUAGCGGGUGGAUUUUACCUGAAAAUUGACUCGGUAAAACCAGACGAUUCAGGGAAUUAUUCUUGUUUGGCGGAAGGAGAAAGCGGCUGUACGGCUCAGAGACAUGCAAAAAUUAUAGUGGAUACAGAAAAUAGGCAUGAAGAAUGCGGAGCACCAGCAGCGCCCUUUUCGGUUCCACAGAUGUCUACUAGAAUUAGUAGCGGAAGUGCCGUCACCACAGAAACAACAGCAUGGCAUGUCAUUCUGAGAGAAAAUGUAGAGGAUAAAACCUUUUGUGGAGGAACACUCAUCUCGAAUAAGUGGGUGGUAACCGCUGCCCACUGCUUUGCACAUUACACCAAUGAAUUCAAACGUCCUCUGGAAAAGGCUAAUAUAGAUCUCAUAAUAGGAACAAACAAAUGUAACGGUGAAGGGGGAACAAAGAGAAGCAUCAAACAAUUUAUAACUCAUCCUGACUUUGCCCAGAGAGCAAUAUAUGACAACGACAUUGCAUUGGUUGAAAUGGAUGAUCCAGUCAAUUUCACGGAUAAAAUACAAUCACUUUGUCUCAAACCUAGAGAUAUCAUUGAGGAUAUUUUUCUUACUCAGCGAGUUGGGAGAAGGGUUGGCCGGGUCAUUGGGUGUGGUCAGAUCUAUGAAAACAUUAAGGAAACUCCAGAGCAAAUCCAUGAUGUGUACGUUCCGACGAUCAAACGUGAAAAGUGCGAGGACGCAAACAUUGGUAACGGAAACUUUACUGACUCCAUGUUUUGCGCGGGAUACGACCGCGCGCUCUUUGGCGAUGCUUGCUACGGAGACAGUGGUGGGUCUUUAAGUAUGCACUUGUCUGACAGUCAUCCGUGGGUUCUUGUGGGCGUGGUCUCGUGGGGUGUAGGAUGUGACAGACCAAAACAUUACGGAUAUUACACAAAUGUUGGGAAAUUUUAUGACUGGAUUCAAGGGUUGAUCAUUUAGAUUACGAAAUGUGUUUGCAUUGUCUAUGUUGUCUGUUCUUCUUAUGCAAAAAUAUAUCUUUUUUACAUGAA